AUGGCGGCGCCCGUAAAUUACAUGUUUUCUCGCUGCGUGGAUCCUGUUAAAGCCAAUAACUGCGUCGAGGCUGCAAGUGCAAAGGCCUUGAAGAGUGUGCAUUACCCUCCGGAGACUUCCAGUAUCAUGAUAAUGGCAAGGAUGGUGGCCACCUUCAAGCAGGCUCAAGGUAAGGGACGCUUGCAGAGGCUGUUCUCUCAGUUUUGUAGCCGUACAGCUAAAGAAGAGGAGGAAAUAGUUCAUAAAUUGUUGGGAGAGAAGUUUCAGGGCCGGCUGGGCUUGCUGUGUAAUCUCUUUGCUACAGCGCUGUACGAGGAUGGCCUCAGUCAGGUCUGGCUCUCUACUUGUCACAGCACUUGUAUAUUGUUACUCUCUCUUCUUAGUUCUCAGAGUCAGUGGGUUCAUGCAUGUGACGCACUUGAGCUUCCCAGCCAGCAGAGGGAGCAACUGGACGCUUUCAUCGACCAGCUUUACAAGGACAUCGACAAAGGUCAUUUUUCUUGUAGAUCUCGUCCCCUCACACAUUGUAACCACAGCUGCGUUCCCAAUGCAGAGGCGUCUUUUCCUGACAAUAACUUCCUCCUCCACCUCAGCGCUCUCAGCGACAUCAGCCCCAGAGAGGAGAUCUUUAUCAGCUACCUGGACGUCUGCCAGCCAGACCGGAGUUGUCACAGCCGGCACAAGAUCUUGAGGGAGAAUUACUUAUUUGUGUGUUCCUGUCAGAAGUGCAUGUCCCAGAGGAUGCAAGAAUUAUGUUCAAUAGGACACUGGUUUCCAUCUUGACCCCAUGAUGUGCUUCAUAAAGCAAGAAGCUCCAAACCAAGCAUGAAACACGAUCUGUGUGUGCACUAAUGGAUUACAGUAAACAAUAACCUUAUGAAUUCUUUGUUUUAUCACAUCUUGAAGAAACUGUACACUCAUCAGAUCAAGAGAAAUGUUCAUGUUACUUCGAAGUGACUGUAAAUCAACCAUUAAUCAAAACCAACCGUUUACUUAUUCUAUACACAGAACUUCUCUUUAUAAUCUUAUGCAUGCAAACAGUUUUU